AUGGAAGUGGUUGGCCUGAUUUCGGGCGGCAAGGACAGCUGCUACAAUCUAAUGUGCGCGGUCCGAGAAGGACACAAACUGGUGGCUCUCGCCAAUUUGUACCCACCAAAAGACGCGAAGACCGACGAACUGGACUCAUACAUGUAUCAGAGUGUGGGGGCGGACGGCGUCGAGGUACGCUUCUGAAAAGAUAAAAAGAGAGAAACAGUUUCAGUUGUACGGAGAAGCGAUGGGAUUGCCGUUGUACCGGCGGGAAAUCAGCGGGGAGCCGAAAAAUCAGAAGGCGGAAUACGAGAUGACGGAAGGCGACGAAGUGGAGGAUCUGUACGAACUGCUGAGGGAAGUGAAAAAGAAGCACCCGAGCGUACGCGGAGUCUCCGCCGGAGCCAUUCUCUCCAGCUAUCAGAAAGUGCGCGUGGAGGACGUGUGCUCGCGGCUCGGACUCACUCCGCUGUGCUUUCUGUGGGAAAGAGAACAAAAUGUGAGUCAGAUAGAGUUUCGAACGUUUAAAUUUCUUAAUUUUAAAGCAACUUGGGACGCGUGCCUAGCGAAAUAGGGUUUGCAAAAACGGACCAAAGCUUGAUUUGAGCAACAGUGGAAAAUUGGUGUAUUAGGACACAAAUCGGGUCAUUUUAUGUUUUUUGUGUCAUGAACCUCUGGGACAUUUCUGAAAUUGUUUCUGGAAGGAUGCACAGGCAAUUAUCUUCUAAAAAUUAAAAUUUUACCCAAAAAACUAGUAAAAGCUUUGACUUUCCGAAAGUUGACGAUACUCUUUCCGGCAAUUGCCUAGUUGCCAAAGUUUGGCGUUGCCGCACAACCCAGAUUCCGAUCAAAAGAAUGAAAGUUAAAAUAUGGAAGAAUUCGCUGCGCAUCGCACCAGAAACGUCCAAUUCGUCGUCAUGGAAACCGACAGCGUCUAUUUAUAUCUUCAGUGAACAAAAAAAUAUAUUAAACCGUAAAAAUGACAGAAAAGCAGCGAGAAAUGGAAAACCCGCCGGAAAGUUUCAAAUUUCCGCCGCGCACUUCGAUUUCUUGACGUCAUCAUCAUUCAGGGCCUGCUCGCUGAAAUGGUUUCCGACGGACUCGACGCGAUUCUCAUCAAAGUAGCCGCGAUCGGGCUCGGCGAGCAACAUUUGGGAAAGACGCUCGCGGAAAUGGCGCCGAUUAUGCGUACGCUUCAGGAGAAAUACGGGGUGCAUCCGUGCGGAGAGGGCGGAGAAUUCGAGUCGUUCGUCAGAGAUUGCCCCCUUUUCAAGAAGCGAAUCGUCGUCGAUGAGACCGAGGUAUUCUGAAGAAGCACGUCUACAUUCUGUAUUUGUUAAUUUCAGACUGUGACCCAUCAGGACGACCCGAUUGCUCCCGUCUUUUACCUCCGUCUUAAGAAGAUGCACUUGGAGGAUAAGUGA